CUCCCCCCGCGCCUCAACGGCUCCUCUCUCUCUCUCCCUGCUACUACUAACCACUCUCUGACGCGACUUGGCAUUCUCAAUGGCCCUCCAGGCUUCCUUCCUUCCUUCAGCUCUCUCCCCCCACAAAGAGGGAAAGGUCGGUGGUGGUAUCAAGGACUCGGCUUUCCUCGGGACUUCACUUUCGGACCAUGUUAAAUCUGACUUGAAUUGUUCACUUCUCAGGUGUGGUAAGAGACUGAAUGCAUCGGUUGGAGUAAGAGCACAGACGGCAGCAGCAGCAGCCGCAGCAACAGCCUCCCCGGCAAUCGAGCGAGCCACCCCAGAAGGGAAGAAGACACUGCGAAAGGGCAACGUGGUGAUCACCGGGGCCUCCUCGGGCCUGGGUCUCGCAACUGCCAAGGCGUUGGGUGAGACCGGGAAAUGGAAUGUGGUCAUGGCCUGCCGUGACUUCCUCAAGGCGGAGAGAGCAGCGAAGGCAGCCGGCAUGUCCGAAGGCAGCUACAAGAUCAUGCACCUCGACCUCGCAUCCCUGGAGAGCGUCCGCCAGUUCGUCGGCAACUUCCGGCUCUCCGGGAUGCCGCUCGAUGUGCUGGUGUGCAAUGCUGCUGUGUACCUUCCAACUGCGAGGGAGCCCACCUACACAGCUGAUGGAUUUGAGAUGAGCGUCGGGAUCAACCACCUCGGCCACUUCCUCCUUGCCCGCGAGCUCCUCGAGGACUUGAAGGCAUCCGAUUACCCCUCUACGCGCCUCAUCAUCGUCGGCUCGAUAACAGGCAACACGAACACUCUGGCGGGGAACGUGCCACCGAAGGCAAACCUGGGAGACAUGCGGGGGCUCGCAGCGGGCUUGAACGGCGUGAAGGGUUCCACCAUGAUUGACGGCGGAGAGUUCGAUGGAGCGAAAGCAUACAAGGAUAGCAAGGUCUGCAACAUGCUGAUGAUGCAAGAAUUCCACAGGCGGUACCACGAGGAGACGGGCAUCACGUUUGCUUCCCUUUACCCUGGCUGCAUUGCCACGACCGGCCUCUUCAGGGAGCACAUCCCCUUGUUCAGGCUCCUCUUCCCUCCAUUCCAGAAGUACAUCACAAAAGGCUUCGUUUCCGAAGACGAAGCCGGCAAAAGACUUGCGCAGGUGGUGAGCGAUCCCAGUUUGACCAAGUCCGGCGUCUACUGGAGCUGGAACAAGAACUCGGCAUCGUUCGAGAAUCAGCUGUCGGAAGAGGCCAGCGAUCCUGAGAAGGCUCGAAGGGUGUGGGAGAUCAGCGAGAAACUCGUUGGCCUGGUUUGAUGCCUCUGGUCCGGCUAGGCUGCGCUCAUCAAAUGCCCGCCGACCAGUCUUGCGGGUGUCUUUGUGGAAUUUGUUGCUUAAAAAAAUAAUUCUCUUCUUGAGAUAAUAAGAGUGCAGGCAACCCUUUUGUUUUUUCCAGACUGACAUGAUACAGAGGCUGCCUUCCCUUGGUUUAAGAAGCAACAGCUAUUGAGAUAUAAAAAAAACAGAUCAAAUCAAAUCAAAAGGCUGUAUUGCUUGGAGUUGAACAUCUAAAAUGAUGUACUUCUCUAGGUAGGCAAAGAGUUGCUGUAAAACUUCAGGUUGAUCAUCAGAUAACGAGCAUCAGAAAAUUCA